AUGGAGCGUGUGUUGGAGCGCGCGCCUCUGUUGGGCAAUCGCCAGCAGGAUGAGGAGAGUCAGGUCACUGGCGCUGACCAUCCAAUCUUCUUACGAGCCGCUCAUUCCCCAUGGCGCCCUCUCAACCAGAAUGUGUUGGGCUACGUUCGGGCAGCACUCUUGGCUUAUAUGAUCGCGGCAGGCGGCAUGCUGCUGGACUACAAGAUCAAACACCGCGACGAUGAGCACACAAACUGGCGCAUUCCCUUUCAGUUCUCCACCGUCACUUGGUUCUUGCUGAUACUGUAUCACCUCAUGGUCACAGCAUGGACCAUCACCCACAUGCACUGGCCGGAUACGGACGCCAAUGACACGCGAUGGGAAUCCAGACUCAUCCGCUUCAUGUCGCCACCCGAGCAGACUUCUGACGAUCGACGGCGCUUCUAUUUCAGUCUAUUCUACACAGUGACCCAUGUUUUUGCCCUCAUGAACGUCAUGAUAUACUGGACGAUCAUGGUGCCAAGCGGCCAUUCUCAUUGGCCUUCUGGAGGAUCCGGCGAGGAGGGACUUUACAUGGUAAUGAACGCUGAUGAUGGCAACAGCAAGUUCCCUCCGUUCAAGGAUGUGUUUUCAGAGGGCUGGUUCAAACCCUUUUCGUUGUUCAACCUCUACGUCUUCCCCGCUCUUGUCACGGUGAUUGAAUCUCUAUUCAUGAACAGUAUGAGACGACAAGAGCCUGUUCCCAGCCACCUAUUCGGCACUAUGGGCUCCGCCGCAUUGUAUCUGGCUUACGGCGCGAUUGGCAAACUACUCACUGGUCACAGCCCCUUCUUUUGGAUGGACGAGGCCGUCGUCGGCAGUAAAGAGAAGGUGGCAGGGUACUGCACUGGGUUUGUCUGCAUGGCAGCUGCAAUGUUCUCCAUGUUGUAUGGUCUCAUUGGCAUGCGUGAGAAUGCAUCUCGAGCGCACUGA